AUGGAGUCCAAGGUUUCUUUUGAAACCCUACGAUUAUCAACUUUCACCUCCUUUGUUGUCACCUACUACCUCCUCAUUUUUUUGGAAUCAGAACUUUCCAUGCUCACUGGAAAAUGGUCGAUCCGCCCUGUUGUUUCAUCUGAACUUUUGGAUUUCACGCUCAACGGUAAAGCAACAGGAUCUAUUCCCAUGUUCCUUUUACCAUUUGCGGCAAAUUUUGUGGAUGUGGAGGAGGAAGUCGUCGUCGAUGAAGUAGUCGACCCGGUUGACGAAGCUUUGGAUGUUGAACAAUCAGUCCACCAGAGUGUCGCAACAGUGUUACGAACAGAAGUGGACGUUCCAAAGUUUGGAGGUAGCAUGGGAGGGAUGGGUUUAAAUCGUGUUUCGCCCUUGAUCAAUGAGGCAGCAAAUGAUGAAAUCACACAAAUUGAUAUUGAACCACAAGAUCAACAAGAGAUGAAACACAAUGAGAUGUAA